AUGGUCAGGUUGGCGAAGAACCCACCUCGCCAUGACAAGCUCAUGGUCAGAUUGGCAAGAAAACCAAUCCUAAAUUGCCAUACUAAGCCUCAUGUUCGAGGAGAUCUGACCUCACGAUACACCAAGCUUAGCCUUAGGUUGGCAAAGUUCCAACCUGGAGACUCGUCGACCUCAAGUCGAGCUAGGCUACACCACGGUGGUAUUGGUCGAGUUCGCCCAGACCGCGGUGUUAUUGGUCAAGCUGGGCAGACCACAGUGUUAUUGGUUGAGCUGGGCCAGACCACGGUGUUAGUGGUCGAGCUGGGCCAGACCACAGUGUUAUUGGUCGAGCUGGGCUAG